AUGAUAAAUGCAGCCUUCGCGUUGGUGCUUGGCGCCUUCGCGCUGGCUGUAGCCACCGCGGACCCCCGCGUGAUGAUCGAAACGACGUACACGAGCCCAGAGGGGUUGAACGACCUGGCCAAGACGGCGUGGAAAGACAAAGGGGGGAAAUACAUGGGCACGGCCACCGACAUCAAGCAGUUGAGCGACCCAUACUACCUCCAGGUGCUGAACGACACUCACGACUUCGGGAUGAUCACCCCGGCAAACGCGAUGAAGUGGGAUGCUACGGAGCCCAAAAAGGGUGUCUUCACGUUCGAUGACGCCGACAAAAUCGUCGCCUACGCUAACAAGACCGGAGCUCAAGUCCGUUGUCACACCUUGGUUUGGCACCAGCAAGUUCCAGACUGGGUGAAGGUUCUCGACAAGGCCGACCUUCUGGAGGCGAUGUCCAACCAUAUCACUAAGCUCAUGACUCACUUCGGAAACUCGUGCAGCACCUGGGAUGUCGUAAACGAAGCCAUGAACGAAGACGGCUCGUAUCGCGAGUCGUUCUGGUACAAGAAGACGGGCAAGGAGUACAUCGAGACUGCCUUCAAAACCGCCAAUGCCGUGAAGGCCGAGCUGGCUCUGACGGCCAGGCUGUAUUACAACGACUACAACAUCAACGUAGUGAACAACAAGUCCGACGCAGUACUGGACAUGGCCACGUCCUUGAGAAGCCGAAAAAUCUGGGUCGAAGGCAUCGGGUUCCAGUCUCACUACAGCAACAACGAUUCCGUGGCAGGCGCCAAAAUCUUCGAUAACUUCCGGCGCUUCACAGUGAAGAACAUGGACGUCGCGAUCACGGAGCUGGACGUGAAGACGAGCACGGCCAACCCCACCGUGAGCGAGCAGCAGCAGCAGGUGGGCAUCUACACCAACGUCAUUUCCGCUUGCAAAAAGACCAUGAGGUGUGUCGGUGUGACGGUCUGGGACUUCGUGGACACGUACUCUUGGAUUAACUCGUCGGCCCCGCUCCUGUUCUACCAGCCCGAUGGACCUAAGACGCCGCUCGUUCGCAAGGCGACGUACGACGCUAUUACUGCAGGUUGGAUACUGUAA